AUGCGACAAUAUUUUUUAAAAAUUUCAUCUUCAAAUUAAGACAGUAAAAGAGGAAUAUAUCACUCUUCCCAUCCUUCUGCAAAAAGUAUUUUUAAAUAUUUUUACAUCAACGAGUUUACACUGUUAGCAGAGCCAAAAUUUUUAUUUUUGCAAUAAUAUUCUUUUUGA